AGGCUUUAUUCCCCGCCUCCCGGCGACAAACCUGCCCCUAAUCCUUCGGCCUGUAACCGGGCGUAGUUUGUCGUGGGAUUAAACCCUGCUGGAGCGACGGGAGAGACUUUGGAUUGCAGUUCUCCAGUGCAGAAUAACUGAGAGAAACUCACCGAGACUAUCGCUCAAACUCUGUAUGCUUGACAAAGAAGUGUUAGGAUGGGAAAUAGUGCAUUAAAAGCUCACCUGGAGACAGCACAGAAAACUGGUGUGUUUCAGCUAACGGGAAAGGGACUUACAGAGUUUCCUGAAGAUCUGCAGAAGCUAACAAGCAACUUAAGGACAAUAGACUUGUCGAACAACAAAAUAGAGCUUUUGCCACCACUCAUUGGAAAAUUUUCCUUUUUGAAGAGCCUUGUUCUAAACAACAACAAACUGACUGCUUUACCUGAGGAACUGUGUAAACUGAAAAAACUGGAAACACUACACUUGAAUGGCAAUCAUUUGAGGCAGCUACCGGCUGCAUUUGGACAACUGUCGGCUCUCAAAACCCUGAGCCUUUCUGGAAACCAGCUUCGGACUGUGCCUACACAACUCUGUGGUCUUCGCCACUUGGAUGUGGUAGAUCUUUCCAAGAACCAGAUCCAAAAUGUACCCGACACCGUCGGAGAAUUGCAGGCUAUUGAGCUCAAUUUGAAUCAGAAUCAGAUUUCCCAGAUCUCGGUGCAGAUCUCCCACUGUCCGCGCCUCAAAGUCUUACGUUUAGAAGAAAACUGUCUAGAACUCAGCAUGCUUCCUCAAAGUAUCCUCAGUGAUUCCCAGAUCUCACUCCUUGCAGUGGAAGGUAACCUCUUCGAAAUCAAGAAGCUCAGAGAACUGGAAGGUUAUGACAAGUACAUGGAACGAUUCACAGCUACAAAGAAGAAGUUUGCGUGAUCAUUAUUAUGACCCUGUGUAUUCCCAGUAAGAAGAGUUAGUGUCUGAAGCACCUGCUUCACUGACUUACUUAAACCAAGACCGAUGAAGGAGAUGAUCAGAGUACUCCUCCUCCUCCUCCUCCUCCAGUAGUCUGAUAUGGUCUGUUAAGGCCACAUUGAAUAAACUUGAACUAGAGAACAUGGGUUUUGAACUGA